CAGUUUCGUGCAGAAGAUGCUGGUGGCGUGGUUCGGCUGCAGCUCUGGUCGGACAAGUUAGAAGGAUCACCCUGACUGAAGCGAUCUUCGGGGCUUGUUCAUCUUGCAGAAAUUCUGCAACAGAUCUGGAGAAAAAUUAUUUUUGCACAACUGAAAACACAUGUGAAACACCUUUUUUUUUAAAUUUAUUUUAUUUAUUUUUUUUUUGCCCCCCGCCCCGCCACUUAAUUGCAUCCACCCGGAGUCUGGUGCGCCUUUAUGCGCACAGCGGAGCGACAGAUGUGUCCUCUCCGUCGCAUCAUGUGGAUUGUUCUGGGGUUUGUUUUGGCAGCUGGCGGCGCCGAUGGGAGCUGGGGGUGUCAGCUGCCCCACGACUGGAGACCGCAGACGGAAGCGUGCCGCGCUGAGCUGGCGGAGAUCAUCGUCUUUGCCAAGGUGCUGGCUCUGCACAAAGAGUCCUACAGCGUGUACAACUACCUGCCGUGGCAGCACGACACCGACCUGCUCUUCUCCGCGGAGAUCGAGCUGCUGUGCGACCAGUCCUGGGGCAGCAUGCUGGAGGUCCCCGCUGGCUCCAGGUUCAACGUCAGUGGCCUGGGAUACUUGCCUUGCUUCUCCUACAGCGUCACCGAAAACAACAACUACUACUUCUUCCUAAGGAUGGAUGAAAACUACAACAUUAUUCCGCACGGAGUUAAUUUCCAGGACCCCAUCUUCCCUGACACUCCAGAGAACCACCGCAUGUUUGCCAGCCUCUUCCAGUUCUCCAAUUGCACACCUGGAACUCAAGUCCACAGCUUCACUCCGGAGUGGGAGGCCCAAGAGGAUAGCCGGCUGUUGUGCUCCACAGUUCAGAAAGCUCUGUUUGAGGAGGAGGAGCGAGUGAGGACUCUCUCCCAGAGAGUGCGUACUUUGGAGAAAGCCAACGGCCACCUGAAGGAAAAGGUGAAAACUCUGAAACGUCUCUUGCGUCUGGCCCAACGAGAAACCACGAAGGAGCAGCAGACACUCAGCCUUAAACAGCUCCAUGAGUCAAAGGUGGCCCAAACUCACCCUGACCAGGACACUACCCAAGACCAAAAGAACCAAGAACUUCAAAAAGUGCCACCAAAGAAGCUAAAAACCUAGGCACUCAUUGGUUUAAUAGCAGCAGAAAUAACUAUUUUUUUUUUGUCUUCAGUGAUAAAUCACGCAAUAUGCCUUUUGAUGACUUUCUCUCUCUCUUUUAGUGCUGGACACAUCAUGCAUUGUAUCAAUAUUAUGAUCUUGCCUAUGAAAUGCAGAACACAACAUAUGCUAAUAUGUUAAUUGUGAACACUAAAAAUAUUGUGAUAAAUGGCUUGAAUGGUGCUGCCUCAUAAGUCAAGAUGCUUUGCGUUGUUUUAUUUGAGCAGGUCUGUCUUUAAAGGUUUUCCACAGAACUAAUCUCGAGGACAUGGACCAAAUGGUGGAAGUGUUUGGAUUAAAAUGUUGUCAUGCUAUAAAUAUGUACAGUCCAUUUUUUUUAAUGAGACAUUGAUGAAGAGAAGUUUCUUCUGUUCCAUUCUUUACAUUGUUGUCAUUAUUCAAAGUUAAGCCAGUGUCCAUACACAACAUGUUUAUGAAAAGAACAUUUUUUUAUUUUUAUAUAUUUUUUUUACAUGUGAAUUUGCCACCUUUGGCUUGUCGUAGCUAAGAUCACAACACAUUACUUCUCUCAAUAAACCACUUUUGAGUGAUUAUGUUUUCUUUUUGUUGGUUUUGUAUUUGGUGCGGAGCAUCAUAUGGUUUAAGGCUGAUUUAUUGCGUGUCAGAGAUGAAGGUUGUCUUUAUGAAGCAUUCUGUGAUUGCUUUGGUUUUUGCUCUGUUUCAUUUAUACCCUAAGCUUUUCCAUUGCUGCAACAUCUUUUAUAUAAAGCAGCUUUGAAAAAAAAAAAUAAAUUAUCUUUUUCAAAAAAGUUAUCCUCUGGUUAUUAAUGGCAUGUGUGACAUGUUGAAUUAAAAUUUUCUUUAUGACCCUUUACAGUGAUAUCUGUGAAAUGUAAUAUUCCUCUUGAACGCUGCUUUCAGUACAGAGUGCCAGCUUUAUAUAUAUCCCAGUGAUAUAUUAGUUUGAGUCUUGUGCUGUUGAAGAUUUAUGUUUUUAACAUUACAUGUUCUUGUCUCUC